CUGCGUCUCGCCGGAAGUCGCGCUUCCAGCUGCUCGCUCUCUUUCCGCCGCCAUCUUGGGCCCCGCUCCCCGCACAGAAUGCCCGGCGAAGCUACAGAAACCGUCCCAGCCACGGAGCAGGAGCUGCCACAGCCGCAGGCUGAGACAGGGUCCGGAACAGAGUCUGACAGCGAUGAAUCUGUACCAGAGCUCGAAGAGCAAGACUCCACACAGGCCACGACACAGCAGGCACAGCUUGCAGCGGCAGCUGAAAUAGACGAAGAACCCGUCAGCAAAGCAAAACAGAGCAGGAGUGAAAAGAAAGCACGAAAGGCAAUGUCCAAACUGGGCCUUCGCCAGGUGACCGGAGUCACCAGAGUCACCAUCCGGAAAUCCAAGAACAUCCUCUUCGUCAUCACAAAGCCAGAUGUGUACAAGAGCCCGGCAUCAGACACCUACAUAGUCUUUGGGGAAGCCAAGAUCGAAGACCUGUCCCAGCAGGCCCAGCUGGCAGCUGCUGAAAAGUUCAAAGUGCAAGGAGAAGCUGUUUCAAACAUCCAAGAAAACACACAGACCCCCACGGUGCAGGAGGAGAGCGAGGAAGAAGAGGUUGAUGAGACUGGCGUGGAGGUGAAAGACAUCGAGCUGGUGAUGUCCCAGGCCAACGUGUCCCGAGCAAAGGCCGUGCGGGCGCUGAAGAACAACAGUAACGAUAUUGUAAAUGCCAUAAUGGAGUUGACGAUGUAGCUGCCAGAGGGAGGAGAGGAACCUUUUUUGGUGUUUCAGAGAAGAGUAAAAUGCAACUAAAUUUAAAAUUUGUACUAUUUCUAUCCAUUAAUAAAAGUUGUGGCUUAUUGUUGGUGAAA